GUGAAAUUAUUGCAACAAUAGUGACAUACUAAAGAAAAACAUUUGUGGAUCUAGUAUUAGAUAUUUCAAUAUCCAAUUUAUCUUCUCUUUAUUAUUGAAAUUAAUGUUAUAAUUAAAUAUAUGUUUUGGAUCAUGUGUCAAGUGUAUAAUGUCGGUGGAUCCUCUCCAAUUGGACAUUAUACGAAGGAUCUCAGAAAAAAGAGCAAUGAAUGGUGAGAACAACCCACCUUCUAGGGUGUGGACAUAUUCUAGUAUGUCUGGAAAUUUGGAGGGUGAAUAUGAAUCUACUGAUAGUGGAGAUGUUGGAGGGAAAAUCCAUGAUUAGUAAUGUUAUAGAUGAUUCAGUAUUGUCAAUUGGAGCAUCCAUUGAUAAAGAUAUAUCAAGUAUGGACAUUGUUCUAUAUGAUCAAUCUAAUCAUGUUUCAGAGUUGAUCUGGAAGGGUGAGAAGAGACGUGUGCUACGGAGUAAUGAGCAUAGUCAAACGUCCACUGAUUGGAAGUUAAGUAAAGAGCAAAAGCGGUUAGUUGAGAUCGUUGGAUUCAAGUACUUACGCCUUAUAGGGCAUUUCCAAAUGGAUCAGUGUCUAUUGACAUCAUUGGUGGAUAGGUGGCGAAAUGAGACUAAUACAUUUCACAUGCCACGAUUUGAGAUGACAAUAACUUUGGAAGAUGUGGCAUAUAUUUUGGGUCUUAGAGUAAUCGGGAAGGCUAUUACUGGGAAAAUGUACAAGGAGGCUGAGGAUAUACUAGGCGUGGUACUUGGACAACAUCCCUCAGAUCCUACCAACACAAAGGCUCUACGGAGUGGUUGUGUGAAGCUAACAUGGUUGAGGAACCAAUUUUCCCAGCUGCAAAGUAAUGCUUCUGAAAUAAAUGUUAUUCGUGCUACCCGGGCAUAUUUGUUGCAUCUUCUUGGAACUACCAUAUUCGCUAACACAUCCGGAAAUAUGGUUAGCGUUUCAUAUCUACCAUUGCUUGCUGAUUUCGUUGAAUGUGCAGAAUAUGCAUGGGGCGCUGCUACUUUAGCUUUCUUGUAUAGGGCAUUGAUGAGUGCCUCAAGGAAGAACACUGCUAAUAUUGGAGGUUCAAUGACCCUAUUUACAGUACGUUAA